AGAGAGAGAGAGUGAGAGAGAAGGAGAGAGAGAGAGGGAGAGAGAGAGAGAAAAGUGCUCGGUGGAGCCGCGAUACGUGGUUUAUCUGCGCGCGAUGCCGAGAUUCGCAAGUGUCUGCCCGAGCCUUCGUCCAACUUGAGAAGAUGCAGACGCGGCGAUAAUCGCGAAUUCAAUCGAGUCCGAUUCGCGUAAUAUGUCGAGCCAGGGCCCGCCUCGCGAGAAGAAGACGUGCACGGAGCAGCCUCGCGAAGCACGCAGCAUCGAUUGCAAGAUCUCGCCUCACGGUGCCCCUCGUGAUUUCGGGAGGAGAUCCGCGACAAUAGAGAUUCGCUCGUCGAUCGAGGAUCCUCGAUUAAGCCGCGCCUAAUUAUAUCCUAAUUCUUUUGUAUCGCGGAGCUCGUGCCGUUCGAUGAAAUCCCCCAUCGGUCUACAACACGACGAAGUUGCCUGACGACCGUACAUCGAAUUUCGAGACGCAAACGAAUUAGCAAACGGCCUCGCUCAAUGCUUCCUAGCGAAAGACGGAGUCGCGAUCGAGCCCACGUGAUCCCCUGCCUUGGUACCCUGCCGGACGAGUCGUCCACGAAGAAGCCGAUGAUCGAUGCGUGUCUGCUCGACAGUUGAUCCCGGAGGAUCAAGGACCCCCUCCUCCCCCCAUGAACCGCAGUCUAACGAACGGAGCGAUGAUCGGCCUGUAGAUCGGCGCGCUCGAUGAAUCGUCGGAGAAUCGAGCAUCGAGCAGCAGCCAGCAGCAGCAGCCGAAGAAGAGGAGGAAGCCGUAGAAGGCGCCUGGCCGCGUAGCGUCGUCCCGAUCUCGAGAUAGCCGUCCCGGGUGAUGCGCGGAAGCAGCUCCGAACUCCUGCUGGAGGCGAGCUGCAGCCAGUGCCAGAGCGAACUCGAUCGUGGACAGGGUCGGGACAGCGGCGGCGAGCACGACUUCCACGAGCGGGAGCUACGUCGUCGCAAGCUGUUGGAGCUGGGGUUCGGCGCGUCGCGGCGCCGACCGCCACGGCGUACCUGCCGUCAGCGGUUUAACUUCUACGCGACAUCGGCGCUGGCCUUCGUCGCCACCUCGGGCGGCGCGGCGCUCCUCUUCCUGGUGCCGCUCUACGUCGACCCGGCCAUCAGCACCUUAGCGGCGGACUUCUCGCCGGAGCCGGUCGUCUGCACGACCUCGCGGCGCGAGGACCUCGCCGGCCUAUUCAACUGCACGUGGAGCUCGUGCCGCGAGGGAUGCACCAGUGACGUCUACAGCUGCACGCACAUAUACGUCACGUACACGCCGUGGAGCAACGCCAGCAUGAAGAACGACACCGGCGGCAGGAACACCACCGCGAACACCACGGUUGACCUGGGCACCGUCACUGCCGUGUCCUCCCCGGGGGACGUCGAGGCGGUGCUGCUGGUGAACAUCAAGGGCUGCGGAUACCCGCCGGUGGUCGACUGCAAGAACUUCACCCGCGAGUUGGGUUACGAGGGCGCGAAGUUCCCCUGCCACUACAGCCGGGUGAACGGUAGCAUAGUGAUGGCAAACUAUAAUCGCGAGGCACAGGUCGCCACCAUCAUGCACUUCUUCGCGGCGCCUUUCGUAGUGACUCUCGCGACCAGCGUCGCGCUGUGUGUGAUGCACUGUGACUGCAGGUGCACGCCGCCACCGCGACACCCGCCGCGCGGCAUGAGAAGAUCCCGGGGCAACGACCUCAGCGACCACUCGAUCAGCAACCGCGUGGAUCGUCGUGGACACCCGACGUACUGCGAGUGUGGCGAGGUGACGAGGCCCUUAUGACGACGCGAGGAGACGGCCGAGAGUGCCCUGGCCACGUCGCAGUCCGACUUCUAGGCCUCGCUCACUCUUUCCGCCCUCGACCGUCCUUCCGACCCUCCAGUCCUCCCUCGUUGAAAUUCCGCAUGUUUUCCGGCAAGCACUUCAUUCCGACCGUCCCCACACGGCACCGCACGUGUACAAACGAACAUUCGCGUUUACACGCAUACGUUAACACGCAGGCACGCACGAACACACCAACACACAGGUGCAGGAACAAGGAAAUGAUCCUUCGAUCCUCUCGAGGACUCGUCCGCCGACUAUAAAGAGUAGAGGGCCCUGCGGCACCUUGCUACACGGUUACUGCGAUGUUACCACGCGGUUACUGCGUGGUUAAUUGGUACGAGGGCGGUUCGCGCGGCUAGCAAUUACCGUCAACUUCACGAGCUUGGUGGUAAUUGGGCGGCGCGAUUAAUGCGAUUAUAAAAAGCACGCACGACGAAAUACAUCGUGCGGUGCGUAUCGCGCGAUUGUAAGAAAGUUACGUGCAAAUUGGUAUUGGUGUAAAAGGACGAGAGCAAUCUGGCACUAAAGUCUACGAUGUUAUAUAUUACGGCAUCACGUGUUGAACGACGUUUUGUAAUUAUUAAUAAUGUUCUGGAAAUAUUAUUUAUCCGCGGAAGAUGCCUUCUUAAGCGGUAGAGAGGAAGUACGAGUCUCUCUCCGAUAUUUUCUUUCCUUUUAUAUGAGAAAUGCGACAAGUGUGAGGUACAUUCUGUGUAUACUGCGUUAACAAUUGGAGCUCGAGCAGCGUUAUGAGACAAAGUACGAUAAGCAACUGCCCAAUUAAUUUAGAAGGGGAGAAGAAAAUGCGCUCCCUUGAAAUCGCGGGAGAAACACGCUCGGUAAUCUCUAAUCCUUUUGCCGUAAACAAUUCACUAUUGACCUACGUGCGCAUUAAUUGGUUUCGUUUGACGAUACCGCGCGCUUUGAAUUCCCUCGGCGUUAUAUACAGAAUUUGAAUUCAGCAAUCAAUAUUUGCCAGUCUGCCCGGGAUUAAGUGCAAACAUCAACGAAAUUUAAAUGAAACGAUAAAGCGUGUAAUGCCCCUCAAAUGUUUUCGGUAAAUAAGAAUUGCGUGGCCGCAAAUAAAAUUACGCUCCUGUUAGCGUGCGAAAUUUUGGAAACGCCGAAUAUACGUAAACGCAACGCGCGCCUGAUUGUACGACCGGCCGUACCCGCGCGUUUAUUGAAAGUUUCCUGCCACGUAUGGCGAGGUGAAUGCGUCCCAAUUGGUUCCGCACGUGGUUGGAAAAGUCUACGUUCGCAAAAUUAGCCGGAGGAUCACGUGCGAGCCCUUCCAAAUUUCGGUAUCGCGGCCACGAUUAGUCAGAAAAAAAUAUCGGGCAUGCUAAAGCCGAGUGUUUACGCUUCAAUGAAAUAACAGAGCAAUUAAUUGAGAAAUAACGUCGCACGGACAAUAUUGUCUUCUCUUUAUUUAUUUACGUUUACCUCGACAUUUACCGCAUAUAUUUAAGUUUCUCUAUUCCAAUUAAUUCUAUCGAUUUCUACUAUACAUACUUUCUGCAACGUCACGUUUGAUAUAUCGCAUGGCUCUUUCUGAUACAUACAAAGAAAUCGCUAAAAUUAUACUCAAUUAAAUCGCUUUACUCAAUUGUACAUGUAAUUAAUACUUCAUUCUUUCGUUAACUUUUGCAGUUCUGUUGCACAUUUCUUUUCUUUUCCACGCACGAGAGAAGCAAAUCUUACGAAAAAUCUGCGUUUAUCGGCUAGGAAAUAAAUGGAUUUACCUAAAGUCUAUCUGCGAAAUCGACAGGCGCGAUUGUAGGCCUCGCGACAGCCAAUUUAUUUUACUGCCACUGGGAAGUCGUUAUUCUUGAGAAAACGCCGAAAUGAGAAAGCAGAGAGAGAGAGAGAGAGAGAGGCGAGAAAUCAGUUCAAAGAGUCGCAAAGAGAGAUAGGCAUCCAACGGUUUCUCGAUCUAUCAAGUCGAACAGAUACAAACAGAAGUAAAAGGCUAAUAGAAUCGAUCGAAGCUAUCAAAGACAUCGAUUAUCGCGCGAUA